AUGGGUAUCGACUAUAAUGCCAUUCCAGGGACGACCCACUUGGUCGAUAUCUUCCUGGAGGAAGAGAAAACCAAAAACGAGGUUAUAUUAAUCCCAACGCCUUCAGAUGAUCCUAAUGAUCCUUUGAAUUGGUCAAAGAAGAGAAAAUUAAUGCAAGUCUUCUGCAUCAUUGUAUACACAUUCGGAACUGGUGUCCCAGGAACUUGUAUUUAUUCAAUUUUAACCAACAUCUCUGAAGCACCAGGUGUUGAAAUUAGUGUUGCUGACUUGAACGAUGGUACUGGUUACAUGUUUUUGUUCUUAGGGUUAGGAUGUUUAGUAUUCCAACCGCUUGCUUUACAAUACGGUAAGCGGCCAGUUUAUUUGAUAUCCACUAUUGGUGUCGCUAUGUUUAAUCUUUGGCAACCAUACAUUACGACGAAUGGUCAGUGGAUAGCAUCAAAGAUACUUGCGGGAUUCUUUUGCUCUCCAAUUGAAGCAUUACCUGAAAUUUCUAUUUCGGAUUUAUUUUUCGAACAUGAAAGAGCUACUUAUAUGGGAAUAUACGCUGUGGCAUUAUUUGGUUCGAAUUAUGUUGCUCCUCUUGUUGCAGGUUUCAUUAAUGAAAACUCAAGAGACUUAACGGUAGGAGGAUGGAAAUGGGUUAUAUAUUGGUCCGUUAUCUUCUGCUGUGUCUGUUUUGUAUUUCUCUUUUUCUUCAUGGAAGAGACCAACUAUGAGAGACGUUUAAAAGCCAAGAAGGACAGCUUUGGAAAUGUGAUUUCUGUAACCACUAGUCACGGCGAGCAUAAAAUGCCAACGAGCAUAAAUAUUAUCCAAACUGGUCAGGAUUCAGACGAUGCGGAGGUUGAAGUAAACGAGCACCCAGAAAACCAAGCUGCUUUAAUAGAAGAAGACAUCGUCUAUCCACCUGAAAAGAAUUUUUGGCAAAAAUUAUCAUUAACAUCAGGAAUGAAAUCGAAGUUUUUAUUGUGGGAAUACUUAAAGGGACCUUUUUACAUGGUGCAGUUUCCCGUCGUAUUAUGGUCUGGUUUCUUAUAUGGUUCCUCCCUAUUUUGGUAUUCUGUUUUGAAUGGAACAGAGGCAUUGGUCUUAGGAGCCGAACCAUACAAUUUUUCAAGUUCAAUGUGUGGAUUAGCUUAUGUUUCUCCUCUCAUAUUUACUGCCAUAAUCUACUUUUAUGCUGGUUGGGCCCCAGAUUGGCUAAAAAUUAGGUUAGCCAGAAAGCGGAAAGGAUUAUCACAUGCGGAAGAUAGACUAUGGGCAUUAGUGUUUUAUAUGAUUCUAGGACCUUGUGCUUUAAUAUUGUGGGGCGUCGGAGCUCAUCAUGGUAUACAUUGGUUUGGUGUUGUGUUUGGAUUAGGAUUAAUGGCUGGAUUGUGUAUUAUAGGUUGCGUUAUUGCUGUUACGUAUACCAUUGAUUGCUAUCAUGAAAUGGCUUGCGAAGCUAUGGCCACGGUAGUUGUCAUUCGUAAUACCAUGAAUUUUGCUAUGGACUAUGGAAUCACACCUUGGGUAGUGAACACAGGUUUACAAAACACUUUCAUUGCUGCGGCCUUCAUCUGCUUGUUCUGUAUAGGCACAUUUUUCUUGAUGGAGGCCACUGGUUUAUACUGGAGGCAAAAGACUAAGAAUAGGUAUUGGAGCUUAGUUGAAAAGCGCAGAAAGCUUUUGGCCCCUAGCUGA